AUGGAUUCUGGGACUACUAGCAGUGUUCUAGAGGGCGCUCUAGCCUCCAGAAAUGACACUAGAAAGAGUAAUAAGCCAUUGAUGGAGAAGAAGAGACGUCAACGUAUCAAUCGGUGUCUCAAUGAGCUCAAGCUGCUGGUCCUGGAGGCUCUCAGGAAAGACCCGUCCAGAUAUAACAAGCUAGAGAAGGCAGAUAUCCUGGAAAUGACAGUGAGGUACGUCCAGGCUCUACAUCAAGAGGGUGGCAGAAGUGUGGGCGGUGGGCGGCUUAUGGGUGGUGUGCGGCCCAUUGGCGGCGACGAGAAGGCUAAAUACCGAGCUGGGUUUGUGCAGUGCGCCGUGGAGGUGAGGAGGUAUCUGGCGGGGAUAAGUGGUGUUCCUGAGGACCUCCAUUCAAAGGUGAUCUCCCAUCUUAACUCUGUCAGCAGCGGUGUUACAGGUGGGCAGGGCGUGCCAGGGUGUCCCAGCCUGAUGGUGGGUGGUGGUGUGGUUACUGUGGCACCACCCAUACCCGCCCAUAUGCCCACUACAGCACCACUGGUAGUCACAACUACCACAGACUCCACCACUGGCGGUCACAGACAGGAUGGAUCAUUCGCAAUGUCCUUCAAGAACCCCCAGACUUCGAUGUUCCCAGAAUCGCCGAAGUCCGUGACGAUUGGUGGUGGUAUCACCUUAGUGCCAGCUAGACUUGCUUCCGGACAAGUGGCCCUUGUAGUCCCUCCUGGCACUGCUCUUCCUAUCGAAGCCUCAAACACAAGAUCUUCCACUCCUCUCACCGAUAGUAACAAUCUUGUCAACAAUGAGUCUCUCAGAAAUAUUACUCCAUUUAUUCCCUUUAGGUCCUCACGUAAGGCAGACGCUGGAACUGGAGCGGGUGUAUUGUCCUCAACUAAUGUCUUCCCUAAAGACACGUUUGUAGCCUCUUCUCACUCUUUAAGCGCCUCUGGGUUACCAGCCAGUCAUUACACUUCUCAAAUUAUCACCUUGAGUCAUCCGAAAAUCUUACCACGGUCGCUUGAUGUAGCAACUGUCACGUCUUCCAGUCAGGUUUUGUCUACCAGAAAGAUUACAGUUGUUCCUGGAAAGAGUAGUGUCCACCUUCCCGAUGCUAUGACUGUAGCUUUGCCUGAUUCAUUGAUGGUGAGUAAGGAGAACUGGGGUACACACAUCACCAGUGUCCCAACACACACCACCAGUGUCCCAACACACGCCACCAGUGUCCCAACACACACCACCUAUGCCCCAGUACACACCACCAACACAACAACUCACACCAGCAACCCCAUAGCACACACCACCAACACAACAACACACACCACUAGCUCCAAAGCAUGCACCACCAGCACCACAACACACACACCCAACACCACAUCAUACAUCACAAGCCCCACAACACACACCACCAGCACCACAACACACACACCCAACACCACAUCAUACAUCACAAGCCCCACAACACACACCCAGCACCACAUCACACACCACUAGCACCACAGCAC